AUGCCAAGUCUUGCUGGCUCAAAGCGUCUAGCCGAGACGCCAAUUGCUUCGCCAUCGAAAGCUGCCGCCACAGCGAAACGGUCACGGCUUCAAUACGACUACUACGACGACGAAGAUGAUGCUGGGUCCUCACAGGAAGAGGAAGAGGAGGAAUGGGACUACAAUGAUCUGGACUCGUCAUCUGAUAUGAGUCUGGACUGUGAAGACGAGGACCUAUGUAUUGAGAGAUUCGCAAUACAGCCACGCAGACUGUCCACGCCCUUCGAUAGUAGUGAAGAUGACGACGACGACGAUGUUGACCCCUGGGAGCACAUCACCCAUGAAGCAAGGCGUCACAGGAACGAACAAGCCUUCAGGAUAAACCGCGACACUCAGCCUCCAUCCCUACCAACCACCACCCACUGCAGAUGCGGACCUACCCACCCAGAAAGGAAAGACUGCACAAAUUGCACCUGCAGCAAACAGGACCAUAUAUGCCAGCCCGCCACCUGCGGCUGCCACGGCACCUCAACAACAUGCCACAACCCCUUCAACAAGAUCGACACGGCCGCCAUCUUCGGCCCGGAGCCCCUGGUCCUCCCGCACGCGUGCUUCAUGUCCUGGGCGCUCAAGCAAGAGCGGUCGCCCGCAGAGCAGCUCGCCACCACCACGACGAGAAGGUCCCUGUUCGACCUGGCCCUCCAGGACGCGGGCUCCAUAGAAGAGUUCCACGACGACUGGGACGCCGAGCCCUACCUGGCAUGGAGGGCGAGAUGGGACGCGCUCCCCGAGGACGAGCAGGAUGCGCCCUGCGGCGUGGCGCUGCAGCAGGAGCUGAACCGUCUGGCGUUCGCCGCCCAGCGCACGCCGGGCACCAGCCUGUUCUACUCGUUCUGCACGCGCGUGCGCUGGGCGAGCCGGGACUUCACCUGGCACUGUCGUGCCUGUGGCGAGUGCAGGGACCAGCGGCAGUGGCACUGUGAAAACUGUAACCAAUGUGCUUACGGGCGGACGUUGCCCUGUCAGACUUGCGCGGCUUCUAGACCUGACCAUAGAGUGCUCUGA